AUGACUGACCUUGCGGCGCCGAUGAAUAUGAAUAUGAAGAGGAAGGAUGUUGAGGUGGUGGCCGGCCAUGGCUUCUCCAUCUUCCUUGAUCCUAAUAGGAUCAAACUACAGCUGCUGCCUCCAUAUGGCAUGGAUGGCAUGAUUCUCGACAUGAUGGAAGAUGACGAUCCACCGGCACGUGCUCUAACUCCUACUGCUAGUGCACCAACCAUUGUCCAUGACAAGGUGAACAUUGUAUCUGGGGGCAAAUCUUCAGAGCCAUCACUCAAGUUCAGUGAAGAACAGGAUACUGCUGCAGCGACACCGAUGGACGUCGAGGCAGAAGCCCAGCAACACCAGCCAUGCCGGAAUGCUCCUUUCUUUUCGGGUUUCUUCUGA